AUGUUUUCCAUUGCGGAUUCACAUUCGUUUCCGAUAGUGUUGCUGUCAGAGCCGGAGCUAGUGGAGUUUGGGAUGGAAUAUAGGGUUAGAGUGGUGCCGGAGAUUUACAUGACUGCCGAACCAGGAACCAGCCAACUGAAUCCUUUACAUCCUAAGACUUUUCAAGUUGUCGAUAAUGUUGUUCAUGAUGUUACUUCAAUGUUCCCAGAUCAACUCUAUCAUGCAGAAGCCGCUGAAGUCAUUUCAAACUGUUGGAAAGUCGACCCUUUGAUCCAAACUUUCCUUUCGAAAAAUGGAACCCUCAGUCAGAUCCUCGAAAUGUUUGUUAAUACAACCAUACCAUACAUCACGUCGCUAAAUUGUACAGUAGUAUAUUGGGAGGAUGUUUUGUUGGAUGCUGAAAUAAAUGUUUCCCCUUCCUUGCUUCCCCAGAGAAUGUUAUUGUAA